AUGGCAUUCGAAAAGGGCCGCAAGUUCUCGACGGGCACUUCGGUGCACCGCAAGCGCCAGAUGAGCACUCUGGUCGAGAAGGAGGGUAGUUUUGGUCCCGCUCUCACGACGCUCUAUCUCGGUAUCUCGGCUGUCUUCUCAGACGACCAUACGGCAGUCGUCGCCUUGGCCAUCCACGACACCGUGUACCUGAUCGACUUCUCGAUCAAGCACAUCGUGCUCGACGAUGCCCUCAGGAUGGGUGCCGACCUCAUCGCCGACUACGUGAUAUCCGAGGUCCAGCGGUACGAGCACGAGAACUUCUCCAAGUUCAUUGGCGCUGGCCUCCCCACCACGCUCAAGUACAUGAGCCCCUCGCUCUGCUCGCGGCUCUGGCUGGAGCUGGAUAUCGUCCCCAUUGUCAUGCGCCCCGACGACGAGUACAAGGAGAAGAGCUUUUGGGACGUCAAGCGCGUCGACGAGCAGGCCGAUUCCAUGGCGCGAAAGUGCAUCAUCCGUCUGAGCCACGAUUUUAGGAACUUUGGCCCUUCGCUCGUCCCUCUGCUCCAGGUUGGGUGGAGAGGUGUCGUCCAGACGGAUGCCGGAUUCCGUGCCCAUCUCACCACUGUCCAAAACCACAAGGACACGUGCGGCGCUGCAACGUGGGAGACUAUGCUCACAUACGCCAAGAAGCUCCGGGGCAACAAGACCAAGGUCGCCUUCUUCAGCUCCACCCCUCAAGGCGGCGGUGUUGCGCUCAUGCGGCACGCACUGGUCCGUUUCUCUCGUCUCCUGGGAGUCGACUUGACCUGGUAUGUACCGAAGCCACGGCCCGGCGUCUUCCGCAUCACCAAGAACAUCCACAAUAUCCUUCAGGGGGUCAGCCACCCAGACCAGCGCAUCUCUGCCGAGGAGAAGCAGGCCAUUAUCGACUGGAUCACCGAGAACGCGAACCGGUACUGGUUCUCUGAAGGCGGCCCGCUGUGCGCUCCCGAGGAUGGCGGCGCCGACGUCGUGAUUAUUGAUGAUCCGCAAAUGCCUGGCCUGAUUCCCCUCAUCAAAAAGUACACGCCGAACAGGCCUGUGCUGUACCGAUCCCACAUCCAGAUCCGCAGCGACCUUGUCGCCAAGCCCGGCUCGCCCCAGGCCGACAUCUGGGACUUCCUCUGGAGCAACAUCCAGGGGUGCGACAUGUUCAUCAGCCACCCGAUUCCCAUCUUCGUCCCUCACACCGUCCCACGUGAGAAGGUUGUCUACUUCCCCGCCACCACUGACUGGCUCGACGGCCUCAACAAGCACCUCAACAGGUGGGAUUCGGGCUACUAUGGCCACAUCUACAAUGUUGCCUGCCACUCGCAGCGCAUGACCGAGCUGAACUGGCCUGCGCGCAAGUACAUCAUCCAGGUUGCCCGCUUCGAUCCGGCCAAGGGCAUCCCCACCGUGAUUGAUGCGUAUGCCGAGUUCCGCCGCCAGUGCGAGAAGCUGAACUUCACCGACGUCCCGCAGCUGGUUGUCUGCGGCAACGGCUCCGUUGAUGAUCCCGAUGCCAGCCUCAUCUAUGACCAGACCAUGUCCCAGUUGGAGACCUACUAUCCCGACCUGAUCAAGGACAUCAGCGUCAUGCGCCUGGACCCCAACGACCAGCUGAUCAACACACUUCUCGCCAACGGCCAUGUCGUCCUCCAGCUCUCCACCCGCGAGGGCUUCGAGGUCAAGGUUUCCGAGGCUCUCCACGCCGGCCGCCCCGUCAUUGUGACCAACACUGGCGGCAUUCCGCUCCAGGUCAAGGACAAGGUCAACGGGUUCCUUGUCGCGCCUGGCGACUGGAAGGCGGUCGCCGGGCACCUGGUCGAGCUCUUCACCAACGACGAGCUGCACAAGAAGAUGAGCCACGCCGCCCGGACGGGCGUGUCGGACGAGGUCGGCACCGUCGGCAACGCCCUCGGCUGGUUCUACCUCGCGGCCAAGUGGCAGGAAGUCGGCGUCGAGAAGCACGGAAAGGGCGGCCUCAAGGGCAACGAGAAGUGGGUCAACGACAUGGCCCGCGACGAGGCCGGCUUCCCCUACGCCGAGGGCGAGAACCGCCUGCCCCGCCACUUCACCCAGGCUAAGGCCCUGCCAGUCCAGACGAAGCCGGCCGCCGACGACAAGCCUGCCGACGGUUGA